GUUGCUUUGGAGCUCUUCAAAAGAGCUGAAUGGUGCUAGCACGCCUCUUCCGCAUCCAGCACCUUCUGGACGUUCCACCACUUGCGAGGCGGUGUGCACAGAGGCUCCCCAGUCCCCUAGCAUUCCACACUUCUGUCCCCACUUUUGCCCGUUCAGAAAAGGGCGUUUCAAGCAGUCAUAGAUUACGGGGUAGCGAUAGAGGGUCCUUUGCAUCCGGUGAUGAUUGCUGGGGCUUGAGCACUAGAGUGGAGAGACUCUUCUCGCAGCAUUGCUUUCAGAAAAGGUGCACGCACAAAAAGACCGUAAUGGCUUCAGACCAUCGAAGAGAUGUAGCUGAGUAUGCCAAAUCCGCUCGCUCUGCCUGCAAAGGCUGCGGAAACAAAAUAGAGAGGGACAUCCUGCGAGUGGGGCGCGUCAGCAAAGGGGACGGCGGGUUUGAUGUUACAAAGUGGUAUCAUGGCAAGUGCUUCUUCGACAGUGUGUCUCCUUUACCUGAACCAGAGAAGGCCUCCGACCAAGCUCUCCUCCGAAACCUGGCCGUCACCCCCCCUGAGGAGCACAUUGCGAAGAAGGCGCGAGUUGAGCGGCAAGUUCCCCUGCCGGCCGCUGUGGGUCCUGCUAGAGAAGGGGAAGCCUAUCCGCCCUACGGAGAGGCCAAGUCCGGGGAAGGAAAGGCAGAGGAGUACGAUGAGGAGCAGUGGCGGGCCGCAGUCGAAAAGUUCUCCCACGACAAGCUGGCGUCUUCUUACAAAGGGUCCAGGCUGCCGGACAGGUGGAAAGCGUUCGAGACCGUAAUCAUAGGGCAGUUGGGCGAUCUGCGUACGUCCGAGAAGGUGGCUGCGUUCGACUUCGACGGCACUCUAGCCAACACGGCAGUGCGGCGGCACGGCGCGGACGCUUGGUCCCUCAUGUUCCCCACGAUACCCCAAAAACUGCAGCAGUUGCACGACGACGGGUUUCGAAUAGUUCUGUUUACAAACGAGUCAAAUAUCGAUCGGUGGGUUAACAGCCGUCAAAAAGCGAUUGACUCCAAGAUCGGACGGCUGGAGGGGCUGCACAAGAAGUGCGGCGUGCCGAUGCUGGUAUUCAUCGCGUGCGGCAAGAGCGGCACCCGAGACGCCUGCCGGAAACCCUGCCGCGGGAUGUGGGACGUCUUCCUACAGGGGUUCAGCGAAGGAACACCGGUCGACAUGACCACAUCGUUUUACGUCGGCGAUGCGGGAGGGAGGAAAGGCGACUUUAGUGCGGCGGACGCAGGGUUUGCACGAGCGGUUGGUCUAAAGUUCCUGUUCCCAGAGGAGUUCUUCCGAUGACGACACGCACUGUUUGCGUGCAUCUCAGAAAUGGAGAUGGAAGUAGGGGUUGACCCGCGCCAGUAAAAAAUAUAUUCACGCCAAGCGACCGUACUCGGCAGACAAUUGCCCAUGAGGGCUGUCGCCGCCAGCUUGGCGCAACCGAACUUUCGAUGUAGAUCAGUUUCUAUGGAGGGUGCCACAGACUCAUCGCUCAUUGUCGUACGGGCUGCAUUUGUGAUUGACUUUGCUCACGGU